CCUGAAAAAUGGGGGAUAACUUUGUCCCGUACGGCGCUUGCUUCAACUGCCGACAGCACGGCUAUUGGGCUAGGAACUGCCCGUACCCGAGGAGGGAUGACGGGUAUGUUAGUGGUAGACCGAUCGGGGCGCCGGCGUUUGGACAGAAUCGCCCUAUUCUCCAAUCUCCUGGCGCACCCCCUCUGCCACUGUCCUCUCCUUAUGCUCCCUCGGCUCCCCCUCUAUCUGCGAUGGCUCAAUCCGUCCCGUCUAAUACUACCUCAAACCCUCCACCCCUGCCUAUUAUUUGUCCACCAUCUACCUCAACUCAACCACCCUACGCACCGGAAGCAGUCGCGUCCUCUUCGAAUGUUUUAGUACCUUACCAGCCUAGGCAUAUCGUCCCCAUGUCGGGACGAACGGGGUGGAACUCCUGGGGACACAGGAAGACGAAUGGCGAGAACGAACUGCUAACCUUAGUUCGUGAGAUCGCCUUCGACAAUCGUGAGAUGCGAGAGGCCAGGAGGCUGGAGAACGAAAGAAGGCAUCGGGAGGAGCAGAAACGGAUGUUGAGAGAGGCGGAUGCGAAGAGGGCUGAGGAGAUGGCACAGAAGGAGGCGGAGAAAGAAGCUAGACUAGCAAAAAUGAUCAAUGACAAGAUAAAGGAGAUAGAUAGCAAGUGUGAGGAAGAUAACAAGAAGAUUUGGGAGAAGUUAGGAAAAGGGAAAGAAGCAGAGAAGGCGGAGGGCGACAAAGCCGCAGCAAACGGUGAGAACAAGAAGCGGGGGCAAGACGAAAUYACCGGUACUGCGACAGUCCCACCUCCGACGUCGAGGCAAAGGGUCAACGAGGUUGGAGCUUUGGAUGCGGGUUUAUUGCUAAUGAAUUUGGACACUGUAUAGCGGAACCAAAUGACGCAGAGCCAGAUGUUCGAGC